AUGCAGGCAAAGACCCCUCGCGCCGAGGCGCCGCGGGCCGACUCACCAUCAACGAGGUCCAACACAAUCACAACGCGCGGGGGGCUGACGCGCUCCACGGCGCUGAGCUCCUUCUCCUUCGAGGAAGAAGGCCCCCACCAGCGUGCUCCGUGCCACUCUCAGCAUCAGCGCUUCAUGACAGUCAUUGGGGAGCUGCCAUGGGCCUCACGGCGAGACGACGAUGAAGAGGCACCUCGCGAAGAGGCGAUAGUGCCAAGGCGUCUUCCCAGGGAAAUCCACCUUGAGGAUGACGGUCUCUUCAUGAGCUACUUCCAGCGCCCUCCGCGGGCGGUGGCGUCCGCGCCUGUCGACAGGCGGACUUCUUCGGCGGCACGCUCCAACGAUGAGGAUGGCCGGUCGAGGCGGCGCUGGUUUCCUCUGCUUAUGGAUCACAUGGGAUAG